GUUUUUAUAAUUUAGUUUUGAUAUUUUAUUGUUCAGUAACAGAGAAAUUUAUUAUUAUUAUUCAGUGAUAAAUUUUUAUUAAAUUCAUCUAAAACAUUGCAAGUUUAUCAAAAGAUUGAAGAUGAAAUCAUUAGCUAUUAUUCUCUUGUUAUGUUGUUCAGUGAUUUUUAUUACUGAAGCAAUAGUUUCUGAAGAAACAGUUACUGAAGAAUUUAUGCCCGGUGGUCUUCACCGUAUACGAAGGAAUGAUUUAGAUAUGCUUAAGGCAUUUUUACCUUUUGAACGAAAAAUGGAUCAACUAAUGAAUUCGACAAAAAUUCAUCGUGUCGUACGAAUUCGCCGAGCAUAUUCACAAGUUGUAUCCGGUAUCAAAUAUUAUGUGGAUUUCGAUUUUCAUGAUACUAAUUGUUUAAAGGGUAGUGCCCAGCAUUUAAUAUCAUGUAAAAUUACCGGCUCUAAUCAUAAUUGUCAUGCAGAGAUUUGGCUUCAACCUUGGGUAGGUCCAAACAAAUUGGUGAAUUUUGAAUGUAAAAAUUAAUUUAAAAAUGAGUGUCAAUUAAAUGAUUUAAUUUUUAAUAUUAAAAAAAAACAUGAAAUUAGA